AUGGAUCGUCCGAAGCUGAAGAUGGGCAAACUCGCCCAGAAAUUCAAUCUCAGCCAGGGCAAACGGAAAGACGUUGACCAGGCAGAAACCUUUGAUACAUCUGCGAAGGGACGACUUCCUACGAGUCAAUCCUAUCCAGUGCAGCUCCAAGGAUCGCAGGUGCUUCGUCGUAAUGACGGUUUUGACUUCCCAAUGGCAUUCCAUUCUAUGGCUAGUGAGCCCCUUGCUGAUCCUAGAUCUUACCAUGCUCGUUCUCUCGGCGCCUCGCCCGGACUAAUGGCCACAGAGUCCCGCGCCUACAAGAUGUCCAUGGAAAUCGACAGUCUCGAGAUCACUACCCCAGAGCAACGAAAGGUUUUAGAGCUAGAGCAGCGACUGAGAGUUGCGACUCAGAGAGUGCAGGAUCUGGAAGAUGACGCAAGAACUCACGAAGAGGAGCUCAUGGUAGCCAGGACCCAAGCUAAGAUCGACAUCGACCAAGAGGUCGUCAGACUUCAACAGGAGGUUGAGACACUGGAGCAGCACGAGGACCACCUAAUUCGUGAGCUUGUGAUCUCUGAGUCGAAGCUAAAGGGCCUCAAGACCACAGAGAGAGACCUGAAGAAGAGAUUGUCUCACUUUCACACGAUUUACUGCCUAAAGCACGCAUACAACGCCCAUCUCAAGAAGAUGAGCCCUGUCAAACAGCACACAGCACAAAAGCUCCACGGAAAGUUCGAGGAGACGGAGGCAAAGUACAUGGAGGCAGCCUUUGCACUUUACGACUACCUCGAAGCCAACGGUCUUCAAGAUACGCUUCCAGCUAACGUGAAAGCCUGGCUGGCCAAUCACAAGGGUAAAAAGAGUUGA